GAUUUCAAUGACCUAGGACCCUAUAUCGCAAAUCGAUAAGAAGAUCUUAAUGCCAUCAAGUCAUGACCAUCGAGAUCAGUUUUAUUCGUAACGCGUUUCAUAAUAGUCGUGAUUUUGUGAAAUAAAAACAUGGGCAGCAGGCUAAGUUACUUACUAUGGGGUGGUAACCCAGACGAAGUUAACCCCACGUCAGGACUCACCAAACGAGAAAUCCGAGCAGUCCAGAAGUCUUGGGCUCCAGUAUACGCCAACCAAUUGGCUACAGGCACUGAACUGUUAAAAAGAUUAUUUCGCGCGCACCCGCAAACCCUAGACUUCUUCAAAAUGAUAAAGAAACUACCCGAAGAUGAAUAUAACACAAACAUACAAUUUAAGGCUCACGUUAUCAACCUAAUGUCUGCAUUAAACCAGGCGGUUGUCAAUCUCCAUCAGCCAGAAGUCGUGGCUGUAAUGAUGAACAAACUUGGCGAAUCUCAUGGACGACGGAAAAUUCAAGAAUCACAUUUCCAUGAUUUAAAAGGUGUCAUAGUAAACAUGUUCAUCGAAGUGUUACAUCUUGACGACGCCACUCUCGGGGCUUGGGCAAAAACUGUAGAGUUUUGGUACAAAAAUAUCUUUCAGACUUUAACGCCUAACCAGAGUACAUAGUUUAAUUGUUAAUUAUUUUCUAAGUUAAAUACCAAAGAUUCCAAUUAAAGACAUUAUCGGUCGGUUAUAUGCAUUCAAUGUAUUCAAUUUGAUUUUAUGAUUUUAUUACUUAAGUGAGCCAUUAUCUGCAUUAUGCGCACUUGUUAUGGGAGAUUUAUAGUGUUGUAAAACAUUUUAUUCAUUUAAAAGCCGCUGAGAGCUAGAACAAUACCAAGAAUUAUAUGAAUUAUUUAUUUAAUAUAAAUUCGUACGUAAUAGAAUGGACAAAAUAUUAUGGAAAUGUUAAGUAGCUUUUUGUGGGGUUUUUUAAACGGGAUCUUAAACAAACAGAUAUUAUCUUUCGAAUAGUACUCUUCAUCACAGAACAUGUAGAGGUAAAAUUUACAAUAAACAAAAUGACAUUGGAGCUGUCAAAAGUGACAUUAUCGUAUUGACGUAAACGAAUACUUGACGGGCAUACGUCUAUGUUAAUCUAUUAUCCAUGUUUAACUGUGGUUCGACUGAUCUAUUAAUGAUUUUUUUUUAUACUUUAAUAAUAUAUGUUACAAUAUAAAUAUAUCUUUUUAA